GCCAGUUUUAAGUUGUAGUUUAGAGUGGAAGGUGGAAAGUGGCCCUUAGUGUUUUUAUAGUGUUGUUAUCAUCAUGUCACACGCUAAUUUUUUGGCCGAAGAAAUCAGGCCCAGAGCCGUUUAUACCAUUGAUCAAAUAUUAGGAGUUAAUAAUUCGACAACGAAAAAAAGUAAUAUUGAUGCAGAUGCUGUCAAAGGAGAAUCUGCGAGCGAGGGUGAGUUAAUAGAGGAAUCAUUGGAAGAUUCAGAUUCAUCGAGACCGAGAAAAGUGAGGAGAUCCAGGACUACGUUCACAACUUUCCAAUUACAUCAGUUGGAAAGGGCGUUCGAGAAAACUCAGUAUCCGGAUGUGUUUACACGUGAAGAAUUAGCCAUGCGAUUAGAUCUUAGCGAAGCUCGAGUACAGGUCUGGUUCCAGAAUAGACGUGCCAAAUGGAGGAAGAGAGAAAAAGCGUUGGGAAGAGAAGCUGUAACUUUUCUCCAUCCCAGAGAUCAAGCAGGAUUAUCCGAUUACCCUCUUCACGGUCCGGUCGGUAUACCUCCUAUCCAUAGCGAUACUUUUUGGCCAGCUGUACCGUUUCCACCAAUGCUCAGUCCAGCUCUUGGACUUCAUUGGCCGCCGAAUACACCGAUGCCGACUUUUCAGGCAUUUCUUUCGCAGUAUAUGCUAGCGGGAGGUGGCAUACCACCUGUUAAUCUUGUUGGACAUUCCUCUGUUUCAGAGGAACGUUCUAGGAGCUCUAGUCCAGAAAUGCAUAGCCCCACACCACUGUCUCCUAAAAUAUUAGAGGGUAUAAGGGCAAGGAGCCAAGAAAUUUCUUUACCACCGUCAUCGUCACCAAGAAAGGUUCCUGCUAACUCGUAGGUAGCAGUAUAUAAAAAUAUUACCAAAUCGAUGUAAAUAAUUACAAAACGUUGUAAAUAUGUGUACAGUAUAUAAUUUUAUUUUGGUUUUACAUAUCCAGUUUCUAGAUUAUUUUUUUCUUGAAAUAUUUAUUUUAUUUUGCUGACGUUAUUUUAAUUUGUAUUUUGGAUUGAGAAAUAUAUGGAUCAGAGUUUUAUUGUGUAUUAUGUUGUGUAUGAUUUUUAACAUUCUUUUCAGAAUUAGUGAAAAAGACCUCACACCUCGUGGCUAAAUACAUUAAAAAGUCUUUAGAAAUAUCAGUACAUAGAUGCAUUCUUAAAGUUUCUGGAAAAGGACGAAGCAACAAAAAUUUAAAAAAUAGAAAAACAAGAAGGGCACUAUAGAAUUGCAUUAAAAGCGAAAAUUGUUAUGAUAACACACAAUUUUCCAAGUGGGAAGUUGAUUAAUCUAAAAAUUUGUCUAGAAAACUUCCUUAAACAUCUUGAAGAAGAUAUCUAAGGGAUUUCCCCGAUACUAAUAUAAAUAUUUUAAGCGUAUCUCUCAUUUCAUUUUCAAAGAUGUCUACGAUGUUGUAGGUGCAAACUUUCUAAACUGGAAAUAGUUUCAGGAUUAAGUUGGUGUUUCUGAAUAACUGUCAAUCAGUUUCUCACAUUUUUUUUCAAGAUAUUCUUCUAGAAUCCCUAGAAUAAAUAAUAAUAAUGAUAGCUUCUCUAGAUCCUCUUGUUGGGGUAUAUCAGUCCCCAACAUGCAUGUCUUCACCUCUACGCUUAUUUUCCUUCACAACCUCAUAUUUCAUGUCUUUUCCUUCUAACUGUUUAGGUCAUCUUCCACAUCUUUUAACCAUUUUGUUCUAGGAUUUCUGCGUCAUUUCCUAUCACCGGGAUCUUAUUGCAUCCUAUUGUUUGUUAUAGAUUUUGUUUCAUGCCCCUACCAAUUAUCUCUUUGUUUUUACAUCUUCGUCGUUGAGUUCGUCAGUUAUUUUUCCGUUCGUUCCUAUCCUAUAUUCUCUUUCACUUAUUCUCUUUCUUAUCAAUGUUUCGUCAUAAUUUCUUGUUAGAGUCAUUAUUUCAACUGAGUACAUCAUUACUGAUUUAAUUAUCUUUUUAUGUUUCUAAUUUUUCUUGAUUUUAGGUCUUUUCUGUUUCAAAAUUAGUUUUUUUAAUAAUUUUGAUUGACCUUUUGCUGGUUUUGUUUACUUUCUUAUAUUUAAUUUCAUAUUGACAUGGAAGGCUCUAUUUAUAUCUUCUUAUCUAACCUUCUCCUCCAACCUUUCUUCUUGACAUUGCUUCCCAAAUAUAAAAUAAACGUAAAUCAGUUUCUCGAAAUAUAAAGUUAUACUUUUUGUCAAGAGGCAUCACUAACGAAAAAUAUUUGGAAUUAAGGCUAGCAGAAUAGGUUAUGAGUGCCGCCUUUAAUUACACAGCCGAAUGAUUAUAUUUGAAAAAUCGGCGUAAAAAUCUUAUUUUUUUUUCCAUUUAUUUAUUUUGAUGGUAAUAAUACAGUUUGUAUUAUUCGUAAAGCUUGUAAGCUCGUUGACGUGUAAUCAACUGCUGUCCCUGAAGAAAACCAAAUCUUUUACAGUAUCCAGAGUACCGAGAAUAUGUAAACCCGCAAUAUACGAUUAGUAUAGAAAGUAAUAGAGAUCUAAAGAAUGAAGUGGAAACUUAUACAACAAAGGCGUCAUUAAUAUCAGGGUACCUGGAGCAACCAGAAUCAAAGACAGAAUAUACAAAAACUUGGGUGAUACCAGUAAUGAUAUACGCGAUAGAGACCAGAGCAGAGAACACCAUAACUAAAAGGGCAUUUAAGAUGCGAACGCUGAGAUCAAUAGCGGGACACAUUAUUUGACCAAAUGAUGAGAUAUGUGACAUCCAGGAUUUAGUGAGAUUGGCGAGAAAUCGGUGGAGGGAAUGGGGAUACUGAAUACACCCCGACCACCAGGACGACCACCAACAAGAUGGUAUGAAAGCUGGUUGCCAUCAUCCCAGCUGCAGCUAGGCAACCAUUUAUGCAAACCAAGGACUAAGUUCUAACGUACGAUGAAGAAAAAGAAAAAAUUCAUCUUCAUAUUAUUGAAUCUUUGCUAACUUGGCCAUAAAGGUGAUUGGUGUGGAGUCGCAGCAAUAAAAUAACGAAGUAUUAUCUUUUAAAUAGAUACUAUGAGCUUUCUAAGAUUCAUAGAAUCAUUAUCGAGGAAAUAAUUAACCGUGAAAUAUUCAUAUAUCAUAUUUUUUGACUCUCAAUGAAGAUUUUGUUUCGGCAAUCUGUAAUUCGUGAUUCAUCGGACAUGAUCGUACCAUUUCAGCUAUCUUAUAUUCAGAUCAUCCUUAUUCUAUGAUUUACACCCAUAAUUUUUCGAAAGCGGUUGUAUUUUGCUUUCCCAAUCAAGAUCUUGCGCCUCGUCGUUAAAAAUUCGUUUCUGUCGCUUCCAGGAUGCGUAUAUUUUUCUCUUUUAACUGUUUUAUACUUUUCUACCUUAGAAAAUAAUAAUUGGAAUGUAUAUUCAGCGAUUAUUGUUUUUGGAUAAGGGGCUAUCCCAUCAAACGCUGAUUAGAAUUGAUUUUGUUCUGCUCUCCUAGAUAUUUCUGUCUGCCUGCUCUAAUCUUUGUACCCGAAUAUUUGUAUUUUGGCAAAAUUUUAUAGUUUACCCGUUCUCCGUCGAAUAUUUUACUGAACACACUAUUUCUAAGAAUAUUGCAAAAAGUUUGGGGGAUGGACACUAUACAUUUUUUAAUCCCUUGUAUUUUUUCUGUUUUUCAGUUUUAUAUGGUAGAUAUCAAUAUGAUCGUAACAUUGUUUACAUUGUUUACAGGGCUUCCCGAGGCUUAUUUAGGUCUACAAAUUAUAAGUGGACUUCCGUUUUUGCCACUUUCAUUGUUUCCUUCAUUUUUGUAAGAUUGAUGAUCUUCUGGGCCCGAAAUCAAAUUUGUUCUUCAACUUUAUGUUCAGUGAAUUAUUGUUCUAUUCUAAUCUUGAAAGUUUAUGCCCCGAUCCUCCAUUUCGUGAACAAGGUACGACUCUCUUUUCUUUGGGGAUUCUAGUGGUGUAUACCCCGGAUUAUUGUUCUUCAAACUGUUGUUUGUUUUCCUUUACUUUCAUUACAGAUAUUCUAAUAGGUGAGGCUGAAAUAACUAUAUUAUUUACGUUAACAAGAACAUUAAUUAAAGUGCUUUCAAGGUACAUUUUUGCAUUUACGUAUUUGAGGGUUUCCAGACCAUUAUUUAAUUUAAAAUAAUUUAUGUUUUGCUUUUAAUUGAUUAUAAUAUACAAAAUAACAUAUUUUUAUACAUUUUAAUUUAAUAAAAAACUAAAUUUCAAUAACCUUUUUUGUCAAUAUAUUUAUCACUAUCUAAACAUAAGUUUGAGAUCUGUCUCUUCUCGUAAUUACGGAGAAGUUGGCAACAGUUUUUUUUUUGAAAACUUUUUUGGAACUAAAAUAGGACGGGGCUUUUAUAAAAACUAAAACUCUAGCAUAUUUUUGAUUAGAAUUUGAGUUUCAUUAAAAAAACAUAAUUGACACCAUUUCCAUCACGUCUAAACUCUGAUUCAAUUAUUUUUAUAUUAAUAUCCAAAUUAAAAUAAUGGCAGCGAUUAUUGAUAUUUCAAUAUACAGUGUGUCUCAUUGAGAAAUAGUACAAAAGCAAAUUCUUCUCUCGUAAAGCGUGCAAUUUUUUUCAAUAGACACGUGUAUAUGUAUAUAUAAAAUUCGAUUUUACUAUACAGUUUUUAUUGUUAAUUUUUCUAUGUUAGUGUGAUAUUAUUUAUUUUAUAAUAAAGGUACAUAGUUACGCGGGUCAGUGAGAAUGAACCAAAUUAAAAAAUAUUUAAAUAAUAAGCUUUAAAAAAACUACUUCGAGGACAAUUCUUUCUAAAGCUUUUAUUAGUUUUAACUGUAAAGAGAUCAGCAAAAAGCUGUGAUAUUUCAAAAUUAUUCAUAAUAAAACCUGUAAAUUAUCCGUUGAGAAUAAGCUUAACAAAAGUUCGUCGAAAGUAAUGAUUUUGAAAAAACGUUUUUACGAAAUCCUAUUGGUUACGAAUUUUUAUCCUUUUCAAACAGACAAUAUGCUUAACUUAGUAGCUAAAUCCUGACGAAUAAGCAAUAGUAAGUACUUCUUCUUUGAAAAAUACUUUUGUUUGUUCCAAGAAAUUAUUUGUUGAAAUAUGUUCUGUUUCCGAAGGUAAAUUUCCAUUAUAACAAUACCUAUUAAACUUGUCGCCGAGACUCAGGUAACUUCUGUUUUAGAAUGAAAUCAUUAUUUUUAGAUCGACAUUAUUUUCUCCUUAAGUGUUUCCGCUGAUGAUAAAGUAUUUAUCCACAAUGUACAAGUCAGUACCUUGAUGAUUUUCAAACAAAUCUUAAGUAUAUUUUUUCAGAUCUCACGUUUACUAAAAAGUCUCUCAGUUUGUAGUUAAAAGCUCUAUUCAAUUCAAUCGAAACAUUUAAACGAUUAAUUAGUUUCACAUUAUUAAACAAAGUAUAUAAUCUUCAUUUUCUUUAAUGUUUUUUUGGGCAUAAAACGUUUUGACUUUUGUUAGAUUUAACAAUCUGAUUUCUAGUUUGAGUUUCGUCUUAUUUACCUUACCAAUUGGCAUUACAGUUAGGUGUCACCUCCAAACUGGUCUGUUCUUCACCAAUGCUCCCCAUCCUCUCACAAUCAUUGUAUUUGUAAGUUUUGAUUAGUCCAUCUUAUAUAGGAUCUGUCUCUACUUCUGUAUUAGGUCAGGGCACUUUCGAAAAAAAAGGCUUUUGGUGACAAAAUUAAUAGUAGAAAAAACAACGCCAUCGUGUUCUAGGGGUUAAAUAAAAGUUAUGUGCAUAAAAUUCUACAUUUUUUGUCUAUGCCUUGUUUUUUUAAGCAAUAAAAACACCAAAAAAUCGGUACAAAUUUUGUUUUUUGCAUUUUGCGCUGAACCUAUGCAAAACUCGUCUUUGUUACUAUGGGCAAUAUUGUAGAGAAUUGAAAAAUCUUCAAAAUAAGCUUUUAUGAAUUAAAUUUCGAUAAUUUGUUGCUUAGAUAAUUUAACCGAAACGAGAAAAUUUUCAAUUUUUUAAAUUGAUUAUAAUUUGUUUAAUUUUAAAUAUAAAGGUUUCUUAUUCACUCAAUGUACUUGAUGGGCCCUGUGGCCUCAAUAGUUUUUGCAAUAUGGCAAUUAAACCAUAGGAGGCCCCUUUUUUCAAAGGGCCAUUCUUGCUCAUCGGAUGGUCCUUUCAUAAUUUGAAAAGUCGCGUUGUAAAGAAAAAGAGUUGAACUAAAAAUCCCUAUCUCAGUUUUUUGAAUUUUUCUUUGAGGGGUAAAAAAUUUUUUUAAACAAUUUAUUGUUUUUUAAACAUUUUACAAAAAUAUAGUAAUACCAAUGACAUAUUUGAAAAGAUGGCAGUUUAAUUUGGGGCGAAGUUAGAUAUUUUUCUUUAAAUUCAUUGCAGCUUUGUUUUUCAAUAUUAAGGAAUGUUUUUUGCGUCAUUUUGUAGGAGAAGCUUGAGAUUUUUACCAAUAAUCUAUUAUUCAAAAUGUGCAGUGGGAAUAAUGGAAAGAAACAAAGAAGACGAAAUUUUUCUUACCCCUUUUUUGAACACUUUAUUGAGGUCAAAAAAACAAAAUUUUUAUCGAUUUUUUGGAGUUUUUAUUGUUUAGGUACAUAGACAAAAAAUGUUGAACAUUAUAAACAUUAUAAAAAAAAUUUGAAAUAACUUUUAAAUAAAUCCUAUUGAUAUGUUAGAUAAAUUGGUCUUAUUUUUAUGUUAAUUAUGUUUCAGUUUGUGACAUCUUCCGUUUAAUGACAUUUAUGGCAUAUUAAUCAGGUUUUGAAUUCAAUUAUCUGUUUAUUAACGAGAUACGUCGACGAAAUGCAAUAAUUAUAAUUGUGUGUAAUUAUAUAUUGUAUUAUUAGAUGAUGUUAUUGCAUAUUGAGUCCUCUAAUGUCAAAGAUUAAUUUGAGUACAAUAGACAAUUACUAAAUCAGUAAUUAACUAUCUUUUGGUUCAUAAUACUUAUAGAAAAACUUAGCUCCAGAUAUUUAUUGAAACCGACAAUUGUAGAAAAAUAUUUGUUCCAAAUGAUCAAGGUCUUUUAUUAAUAAAAAUUUAUU